AUGCGGCAUGAAAGUAAUGUCCCAAAGAGCCCUAGUCCGAGCCUGCAGCAUAAAAGUAAUGUCCCAAAGAGCCCUAGUCAGAGCAUGCAGCAUGAGAGUAAUGUCCCAAAGAGUCCUAGUCCGAGCCUGCAGCAUGAUAGUAAUGUCCCAAAAAGUCCUAGUGAGAGCAUGCAGCAUGAACGUAAUGUCCCAAAGAGCCCUAGUCAGAGCAUGCAGCAUGACAGCAAUGUCCCAAAGAGCUCUAGUCAGAGCAUGCAGCAUGAUAGUAAUGUCCCAAACAGCCCUAGUCAGAGCAUGCAGCAUGAAAGUAAUGUCCCAAAGAGCCCUAGUCCGAGCCUGCAGCAUGAAAAUAAUGUCCCAAAGAGCCCUAGUCCGAGCCUGCAGCAUGAAAGUAAUGUCCCAAACAGCCCUAGUCAGAGCAUGCAGCAUGACAGUAAUGUCCCAAACAGCCCUAGUCAGAGCAUGCAGCAGGAUAGUAAUGUCCCAAAGAGCCCUAGUCCGAGCAUGCAGCAUGAAAGUAAUGUCCCAAAGAGCCCUAGUCAGAGCAUACAGCAUGAUAGUAAUGUCCCAAAGAGCCCUAGUCCGAGCCUGCAGCAUGAAAGUAACGUCCCAAAGAGCCCUAGUCCGAGCCUGCAGCAUGAUAGUAAUGUCCCAAAGAGCCCUAGUGAGAGCAUGCAGCAUGAACGUAAUGUCGCAAAGAGCCCUAGUCAGAGCAUGCAGCAUGAAAGUAAUAUCCCAAAGAGCCCUAGUCAGAGCCUGCAGCAUGAAAGUAAUGUCCCAAAGAGCGCUAGUCCGAGCCUGCAGCAUGAAAGUAAUGUCCCAAACAGCCCUAGUCAGAGCAUGCAGCAUGAAAGUAAUGUCCCAAAGAGCCCUAGUCAGAGCAUGCAGCAUGAAAGUAAUGUCCCAAAGAGCUCUAGUCAGAGCAUGCAGCAGGAUAGUAAUGUCCCAAAGAGCCCUAGUCCGAGCCUGCAGCAUGAAAGUAAGAGCCCUAGUCCGAGCCUGCAGCAUGAAAAUAAAAGUUACUACGCUUCACUUAGGCGUUCAAGUUGA